AUGGGUUCACGGGCAGAAUAUACAGAAGAAGAGAUACAGCGAGUCUUAGAGGAAAGCGAAGAGGAAAAUGAUUUUAUUGACGGAAGUGAUGAAUUAUUUCAACCUGAGGAGGAUGAGGAAACUAAAGAAGAGGAGAAUGAAGAAACUGUAAGUGAUAUUGAAAGAGAAGUAUUGAGAAUAACAUCAUAUCGGUGUCCAGAACAAUCAUCAGUAAGAGAGCCCAUUUUAUCUUUCUUUGAUGAAAAUAGUGAGGAAUCAGAAACCGAGCGUGAAGUACCUCCAAAUUAA